UUUACACUUCCAAAUCUUAUUAGUAUUAGUACUCUGUCAUUGGGGACCUUUUACAUCUCCAGAUUUAAUGUGUUUUUAACCAUAGAGACUAUACAUCUCUAUUGUAUUGUAGUAAUUAUUUAUUUUAAGAUUAUUAUAAUGUCAUGUUUACCUAGGUAUUGGCUGGAUUAUUUAUAAAUGUUGUUAUGUAUUUUUCAUGUCACUAUAUGAUGUUACUAUAAAUGUUCUAUUGAUUUGUAAAAGAGCCCUUGAGGCCUACUUGCAGAAUAAAUUUUUGUUUUUUUUUUGGGUCUGAUUUCGGUUCCGACAUCGGGAAGCGUGGAUGUAAUUGCCACUAGAGCUAUCCUGUCAUGAUCUGGAAAAAUCUUAAAAAAACUGCUGUCAGCUGUCAGUAAACUGUCACUGUCAAAAUAAGUGUCUAUUGUGCCAAAAAUCUUAACCGGUUUAUCGGAUACUCCACCGAACACUGUCUAUGACCGUAAUAUGAUAAGAUUCAUAACCGUGUCUUAUCCAAACUCGACAUUGGCAGAAUCAUCAACAGCUUGAUGGAGCCAUAACACGAAAAAUUGAUUAUUUCAAUGGUUAAUUUAAUAGUUAGUUAUUGCAGAUUGAUCGGAUACAAUACAACACUAUUAUCGAAAUAUGGAAUGUUUCAUAUACUAGCCGUGUCUUAUCCAACCUCGACAUGGGCAGAAUAACAUCUUCAUGGAGCCAUAACACGCAAAAUUGAAUUGAAAAAAUUAAUGUCAACUGGAUGAGUUUUGAAUAAUUUAAAAGAAACUCCGUAAUGGACGUGCUGCAUUCGUGUCGCUGCUGCUUACAGCAGUCCCCGGACAAAGGCCUGACUAUAGUGUACACACAUCUCGAUAAAACGGAGAUAUAUUCAGAUAUGCUUAAAGAGUGCUUCAAUAUACAUCUAGUUCAAGUUGGUGACAGUGGAAUCUGUGAGGAGUGUGUGGGGUGUCUUCGAGAUGCAAAUAACUUCAAGCUGAAAGUGCAGCGCAGCCAGGCCAAGCUGCAGGCAGCUUUACUUGUUAAAAAUGAAGAAUCUGCAGUUAAAUUGGAAAACACCAGUGAUGUUAUCACAAACGAUGAAGCAACAUUGUUGUCAUUGGACAGUACGGAUGAUACUUUCAUAUCGAAAAUUAAUACAACGUGCGAUAACGAGGAGAUCCUCGAGAGUCACCAGCGCAACUACGCUCAACACAUCACUAAGAAGACCAAGGACCUCGAUCACACCCCUCGAGUCAAGAAAACACACACAUGUGAUACAUGUCACAAAUGUUUUAAAUUAAAAUGUAAUCUAAUUAAACAUAUACGUACUCACUCCGCCGAAGAAAAACUCUCUUGUCACAUAUGCGAAAAUCAAUUUACACAACAAUCUUGCCUCGGUAGGCAUCUCUCAGUACAUACUGGAAAGAAACGACAUUCAUGCCAAAUUUGCCAAAAAGAAUUCACACAUAAAUUUCAUUUAAACGCCCAUUUAAAAUGUCACACCGAGGACAAGAGAUUUUCCUGUGACACAUGCAACAAAAAAUUUACAAAACAAUAUAACUUAAAUAUUCAUAAGCGCGUACACACGAGAGAAAAACCUUACAAAUGUGAAGUGUGCAAAAAAGGGUUUAAAUAUGAAUGUACUUUAAAAGCGCAUUUCAAAUGUCAUACAGGAGGAUAUCAAUUCUCUUGUGAUAUUUGUACAAGGCAGUUUUCACAGCAAUCGAACCUGAUUAAACAUAAAUUAAUCCACACUGGAGAAAAAUCUCACUCCUGUGAAGUAUGCAACAAACAGUUUGCAUUAAAGGGCACAUUAAACAAACAUAUGUUAAUUCAUACAGGUAAUUAUCGGUUUACUUGCGAAAUUUGUAAAAGGAAAUUUUCAGAACAGUUUACUUUGAACAUACACAAACGUGUGCAUACAGGAGAAAAGCCUUACUCUUGUGAAUUAUGUAAAAAACAAUUCACACUUAAAGGGACGUUGAAUAAACAUAUUCUUACGCACACGGGAAAUAAACUAUUCUGUUGUGAUAUUUGUGGAAAACAGUUUAUACGUGAGACUCAACUAACUGUGCACAUUAAUGGACAUAAGGGGGUGAAACCAUUUGUCUGCGAAACAUGUAACAAGCGAUUUACACAAAAAAGUAGUCUAAAAGCCCAUAAUUUAAUACAUAUAGGAGAAAAAUCCUAUUCAUGCGAAAUAUGUCAUAAGCUGUUCCGAACAAAAACUAAUUUAAAAGGUCACAUGCUGACACACGAUGGGCUUAAAUUGCAUUCAUGUGAAACGUGUAAUAAGCAAUUUACACAUAAGUCAGCUUUAAUUGUCCAUAGCCGAAUCCACACUGGAGAGAAACCCCACUCGUGCAACAUAUGCAAUAAAGAAUUUACAGUACUAUCUACCUUGAAGUUCCAUUACCGUACUCACACUGGUGAGAAGCCACAUACUUGCGAAAUUUGCCAUAAGAAAUUCGCACACCCUUCAAGUUUUAGAAAGCAUAAACGUAUACAUACAGAGAAAUGCUAUCCUUGGUAAAAUUUGGCCUAAAUAUACUUAUUGUUUAUAAAAUAUGUAAUCCUUUAAAAUAUAUAUAAGAGAGACACAAAUAUCUUUUAGUUGGAGACGUUGGAGUGUAAGAUUUGUCAAUAUUAAUAUAUAUUAAAACGAAACUGCA